GCCAUCUGCAACAACCUCCCUUUCUUCCUCACCCUCUCAUCCAUCAUCACCAUCGUUCCUUCCUCGUUGCGCGUACCCCAGUGUGUUAAUACAGCCAACAUGCUCUCUUCUCGACUGACGCGGAACGCUAUUCCGCGCGCGACAUCUUCUUUCCGAUCAUCAGCACGCCGCGCGCCCCUCACAUCGCAGUUUCGACGAGGAUAUGCGGAAGACACAAAUGCCGACAGCGGGAAGGUGAAGGGCCCGAUCAUUGGUAUCGAUCUGGGUACCACCAACUCGGCUGUGGCCGUCAUGGAAGGCAAGGCGCCUCGCAUAAUAGAGAACUCGGAAGGUGCACGAACGACACCUUCUGUGGUCGGUUUCACUAAGGAAGGCGAGCGACUUGUCGGUAUCGCCGCAAAGCGUCAGGCCGUCGUCAACCCAGAGAACACUUUGUUCGCCACAAAGCGUUUGAUUGGACGCAAGUUCAAGGAUUCUGAGGUACAAAAGGAUAUCCAGCAGGUCCCAUACAAGAUUGUUCAGCACACAAACGGCGAUGCGUGGCUCGAGGCACAAGGGCAGAAAUACUCUCCUUCGCAGAUUGGUGGUUUCGUCCUCGGCAAGAUGAAGGAGACGGCUGAGGCGUUCUUGGGCAAGAACGUCAAGAACGCUGUGGUCACUGUCCCAGCAUACUUCAACGACCAGCAGCGUCAAGCCACAAAGGAUGCCGGUCAGAUCUCCGGUCUUACCGUGCACCGUGUGAUCAACGAGCCAACUGCCGCUGCUCUUGCCUACGGUCUCGAGAAGGACGACAAAGUCGUGGCUGUAUACGAUCUUGGUGGUGGUACCUUCGAUAUCUCCAUCCUCGAGAUCUCCAACGGCGUGUUCGAAGUCAAGGCCACCAACGGUGACACCCACUUGGGUGGUGAGGACUUCGACAUCACCCUCGUCCGCCAUCUUGUGCAGCAAUUCAAGAAGGAGCAAGGAAUCGAUCUCUCUGGCGACCGCAUGGCUAUUCAGCGUAUCCGUGAGGCUGCUGAGAAGGCCAAGAUUGAGCUGUCUUCUGCUCAGCAAACCGACAUCAACCUGCCUUUCAUUACCGCCGAUUCUUCUGGACCAAAGCACAUCAACACCAAGCUCUCCCGCUCUCAGCUCGAGUCCCUGGUGGAACCAUUGAUCAGCCGCACUGUGGAGCCAGUCCGCAAGGCUCUCAAGGACGCCAACCUCCAGGCCAAAGACAUCCAGGAUGUUAUCCUGGUCGGUGGUAUGACCCGUAUGCCCAAGGUCACCGAGUCUGUUAAGGCCAUCUUCGGCCGCGAGCCAGCCAAGUCUGUCAACCCUGACGAGGCUGUCGCCAUUGGUGCCGCCAUUCAGGGUGGUGUUCUCGCUGGUGAGGUCACUGAUCUCCUUCUCCUCGAUGUCACUCCUCUGUCGCUCGGUAUCGAGACUCUCGGCGGUGUCUUCACUCGUCUGAUCAACCGCAACACCACUAUUCCAACCAAGAAGUCGCAGACUUUCUCCACUGCUGCCGACUUCCAGUCCGCUGUCGAGAUCAAGGUCUACCAGGGUGAGCGUGAGCUUGUCCGUGACAACAAGAUGCUCGGAAACUUCCAACUGGUCGGCAUCCCACCAGCUCACCGUGGUGUCCCACAAAUCGAGGUUACCUUCGACAUCGACGCCGAUUCGAUUGUCCACGUGCACGCCAAGGACAAGUCUACCAACAAGGACCAGUCUAUCACCAUCGCUUCAGGAUCUGGUCUCUCCGACUCCGAGAUCGAGAACAUGGUCAACGACGCCGAGAAAUACGCUGCCGCCGACAAGGACCGCAAGGCCGCCAUUGAGGCUGCCAACCGUGCCGACAGCGUUGUGAACGAUACCGAGAAGGCACUCAAGGAGUUUGAGGACCGCAUUGACAAGGCCGAGGCAGACAAGAUCCGUGAGACCAUCAACGGUCUUCGUGAAUUCAUUGCCACCAACCAGACUGGAGAAGGUACUGCUACCGCCGAGGAGAUCAAGGCCAAGACAGAUGAGCUCCAGACCGCGUCUUUGACUCUGUUCGACAAGAUGCACCGUGCCCGCCAGGAGGCUGAGUCGUCGCCAAAGGAGGGCGAGCAGUCGAGCGAACAACCUAAGCAAGACGGCUCUGACGAGAAGAAGCCAUAAAUGGCUUGAUUGUUUCCAAGCCUCGAGCUUGUUUUGUUUGAUGUCUUUAUACCCCAAGCGACCUGAGCUAGCGCGAAUGGUCCAUAAAAGCGUCGAUUCCGGCAGAAUUCAUGUAAGGAUAUUACGACGUCGGGAGAAGCCUCACUCUUCAGCCACGCUGCGCAGGGCCGGCUGAGGCGCUACUCAUGUUUAACUAUACAGAAAGAUGUACAGGGCGCUCGGCGCUUGGCGAAGCUGCGGAAAGCAGUCUGCUUGAAAUAACAGGUGCAUGACGAGUGGCGAGUUUGUGAAAGUAGUGGUGGCAUGGGACGAUAAGAAGGAAUGGGAUGGAUGGAUGUGUAGUUUUAGCCACCGUUCUCGGAUGUAUAAUGUCAUGAAGUCUCUACUCUGAAGGUCAUUCUCUUCCGGUCUCCGCCUUUGAAUAUUUCGCAUAGGCAACAUGACUGGACGAAUUGUCGGUGUCUCCUGGAUUGCUGCACAUCCUCUUCCUCUCUCUCUGAAGCAAGAUAAAAGAACCGGAAACCACCCAUCGCCGCAAAGAGCCUCCUCCAUGGCCAAUCAGAGCUAUAAACACCCAUCCAUUCUAGACUCCUGCGAACGCUGCUGUCUCACUCUGCUCUGACUGACGAUCAAACCCCAUGAAUGGCCAUACGCACGCGUAAUAGACACCAUCUUCCUGAGCAGCAGCAUUAGGAGAGAGAGAGAGAGAGAGGAUCGAGAGCUCUUUCAGAUUCUCCAUGAAUACACUCGCCGUAUUGUGGAAGAACAGUAACGUGGAGCAGGAGCAGGAGCAGGAUAUUUGGACCUAGCUUCUCCUGUGUGUGUGAAGCCUCUCGAUCCGGACUUUUUAAAAAAAAGAUUACAGUCAGUCGUGCGCUCCAAAGGUCAUGCAUAGCCGGCCUGUGUACCACACCAGAUUUGCAAACAAUUGCCUCCAAAGCCCUUUCUGUAGGCCCUCAAGGUCCCUAUGAUCCCCAGCUCCCCUUGAACACCCAUUCAAAGCCCAACAAUCCCCUUCACAGCCAGCACGAUCGGCGGCACACUCGUAGCAGCAACAGCCACAGUUCCAACAAAUCCCAUACUCAAACUACUAAACGCCGCAGCUCGCGGAUCCGUACCCAGUAACAUAGCAGUAGCAAGACUGCUCGAAUUCGCACCAAACGUGAUUCCUCUCGUAAUAUAAUCGUCCUCGGGAAUCCGCAAGAAUUUCAAAAUCUGAUUUCCUAUGAGGACUCCAAAGAUUCCGCUGAAGAUGGCCAAGGGAGUUCC